CACUUAAAUACAGGAUAGGUGAGAGUGGAGUUACAGGUGUUGUUGGAACUGCGGCACAUCUACAUUCUCACCUGACCAGUCCGGAACAGGUUCCAGUAAGCCCCAAGAUGAUCAAAGCGGUGUUGUUGUUAAUCUUGGCCCUAGUACCCAUGUCCUCAGCCUUGGGGAAAUACAUCCCAAAGACUGGCAAGAGGAUCCCCCAGACUCUGUCUCGAGGUUGGGGUGAUCAGCUGAUCUGGGCUCAGACUUACGAGGAGGCUCUCUACUGGGCCAGGUCAAAGAAUAAGCCUCUGAUGGUCCUCUUUCACCUUGAGGACUGCCCACACAGCCAGGUUUCUCCUGCAGCACUAAAGAAGGUUUUCUCAGAUUACCAGCUCCAGAAAACUCUUGACGAAGACUUCAUCGCCCUCAAUCUGGUUUAUGAAACCACAGACAAACAUCUCUCUCAGGAUGGACAGUAUGUUCCCAGAAUCAUCUUUGUUGACCCAACAAUGACAGUGAGAGGAGAUUUAGUUGGUCCCUAUAGCAACCGCAUGUAUGCCUAUGAACCAAAUGACCUCCAACUCUUGCUGAACAACAUGAAGAAGGCUAAGAAACUCCUGAAGUCUGAGCUGUGAACACAAGGACAAGACACAUGCUCAACUUCUAACCCUGAUCCAUAUUUGAACAUCAUUUCAGAUUCCCAUUUUAUGCUGUCACUACAAUUUACAAAGAAAACUAAGCACUGUAAAGUUUUCCUCAAAUCACCUUCAUUUUACAUGUUUCUGUUUGUGUCUGAUUCUUAACUUUGUAAUUGUAGAUCUACAUCCACAAUGUCUUUUAAAUAAAUAUGGAACUGUUCAUAUAUCCAAGAGGAA